CUGUUGGAUGACCAACCCUUAGCACAGCCUGAAUACAGUGAUAAUUGUCAGUUCCUGUAUACUGAGUAUACUCUAACUGAAUGUGAGGUAGCCAGUUUCUGGAAUGCUUGAGGCAGACUUUCUCAGGGUCCUGACUAGGGUGUCUGCUCUUCACUCACCAUCUGAGUAGGCCACUUGACUUGGACGCCAGAUACACAGAGCCGCCAGAAUAUUCUGUGCUCAACUUACUGUCUAACUGUAAAUCCUCAGCUUCUUUUUCAUCUGUACUCAGCUGAGCACACACCAAAGAUGAGUCAAGGACCAACACUCCUCUCCUGUGGAAUUAUGGAAAAUGACAGAUGGCGAGACCUGGAUAGAAAAUGCCCUCUUCAGAUUGACCAGCCAAGCGCCAGCAUCUGGGAAUGUCUGCCUGAAAAGUGUCAGGGUGGCUCCCUGUGGCACCAGGAGGCAGUGACUGCCUGUGCAGUGACCAGCCUAAUCAAAGACCUCAGCAUAGACGACCACGGUGGGAGCCCCUCAGCUCCUCCCAGCAAACGCCAAUGCCGGUCACUGUCCUUCUCUGAUGAGAUGUCCAGUUGCCGGACGUCAUGGCGGCCCUUGGGGUCCAAAGUCUGGACUCCCGUGGAGAAGAGACGAUGCUACAGUGGAGGCAGCGUCCAGCGCUACUCCAAUGGUGUCAGCCCCAUGCAGAGGAGCUCUAGCUUCAGCCUCCCUGCCAGGGCCAAUGGGCUCUCCUCACCUUGCCACCAGUCGAGCCUGCACCACCGCUUUGGGGGACAACCCUGCCAAGGAGCACCAGGCUUAGCCCCCUGUGGACAGGUGGGCGAUAGCUGGAGCCCAGACCCACACCCUGUAGGAGGGGGCCGGCAGGACCUGCAACGGUCCCUCUCUUGCUCACAUGAGCAGUUUUCCUUCCCAGAAUACUGUCCCCCCUCAGCCAACAGCACACCUGCCUCAACGCCAGAGCUGGCAAGACGCUCCAGUGGACUUGCCCGCAGCCGCUCUCAGCCGUGUGUCCUUAAUGACAAGAAGAUUGGUGUGAAACGGCGGCGUCCAGAUGAAGUGCAGGAGCAAAGACCUUCUCUAGACCUUGCCAAGAUGGCACAGAACUGUCAGACCUUCAGCAGCCUCAGUUGCCUGAACAUGGGGGUGGACGACCACAGCUCCCAGAGCCCCUUUGCCCUCGUCAGCAGUACCCGAUCCUGGACCGCAUUGCUCUCGGCCUCCAGCCCAGGGGGCAGGACUCCUGCCGGGACCCCUGUUCCUGAGCAUGGUCCGGAGCCUGUUCCCCACUCCUUUGAUGACCAGUUCACCUGCCGGGAGGACCUAUCCUGUGACGAGUCUGAUGGCUGCAGUCUAGAUGAGGACUGCUGCAGGAAGGGGGAGCCAGCCACAGCCUGGCAGGACCGGGGAGCCUGCACGAACAGCCUCUGCUCUCUGGAUGGUGAGCUGGACAUUGAGCAGAUAGAGAACAACUGAGGGCCCCCCGGCCGGGGGAGGAGGCUCUCCUCCAGGGCUUAGGUCACUCCAAGGGGGUGCUGGCUCCUGGGUCUGGCAAAAGCUCCUCCAAAAAAGGGAGCCCACCCAUUUUCCAAGGAGCCAGCCAUCACCCUGUAGUGUCCAAAUUUGUGAAGGCAACUUAGCCACACCGCACAGGCAACAGCUGGCCUCCCACCAGUUCCAUGGAACUACUGUAGCCCAAAAACAGGUUUUCAGUUUGGUCUCCUCCUCUUUGUUCCUUACUGAGUGCUGGGUAGCCAUUCUCCAGUAAGGCGGGGCCAACUACAUCCUUCAAUCAGGAUGUCAGGGGCCUGAGCCCCCUUACAGCCUCGCUCAGGUUCUUUCUGGGGAGUUACCCAAAGCCUCCUUUACUUAGUUUACUCCGUGCCUUCUCUCCCAGGUCUCCCUGGCCCAGGCUUGGGAAGGUUCGGGAGACACCUCUUGUAGUGACAGCAGACCGUGUGGCCUUAAUCCAUUUGGGGCACUGGCAGGGAUUCUGGGAUAAUCCAUGUCCCAUUUUUUGGGAUCAGGGGAUAGGUUAGGGAUGACCAGAAGCUAUCCAAACUGGGUAGGCAUUUGGUGGUUAUGUUGACUGAAGGGUGGGCCCAUCAGCUCUCCCUCAGCACCAAGAAUCACCCACACCUCUGCCACCUCAGGGGCUGCCUUGGCAAAGCUGGCAUUGGCAGCCUUCCUACUGUCCCCAGUCCCUGAGAGCUGAGCUCAGUGGAUUCAGCUGUGUAUAGAGAUGUCAGUGACAAGAUGACCUCUUCAUAGUGUCCUCAGGAUCUACAAGCAGGUGCAGGAGUCUCGGCCCUGUGUACAUUCCUGGGUAGAGGGAUGUCUGCUGGCUGCUUUGCAGGCUAGCCAUUCUGCAGGCUUCCCUCUGUAGCAGCCUACGUUGGGGGCCUGCAAGCCUCCACCGCAUUCCUAGCACAUUAUUGCUUGUUCACAGACUCUGCUGGCUUCAAUGAAAGCAUACUGCCAUUGGCUUCAAGACACCCGCCUCUCCCAGUCCCCUGCUGUGAGCCUAGCCCUGAGGCUCUCCUCUGCAGGCCCAGCCACAGCAUGGCUUGAAUCACACUCCCCCUUGCAGCUCCUCACGCCCAGCAUAAUUCCCAGAGGGUAUCCGUUCAAGCAUCUCCCCUCAGUCCUCCCUGCAGACAUGCUACAGGGCUCUGAACUCUGGGACUCUGGCUUUUAGCAAACUUGGCAUCUUCUGCAGACAAUAGCAAGUGGGCUGGCUUACACAAGUGGCUUGUUUUCCCAUAAGGCUAAAAAUAACUGAUGCAUUCUCUUGGGUUUGCAGACAUGCAUUCUCUUGGGUUUGCAGACAUGUGAUUUAGGCACGUUUGCAAUUGCUCUGCUGUGCCUACCCUCCGAGGUUUCAUCCUCUGCUGGCUAAGGCCAAGUGGUUGUUACCUUUCUCCUAAAGAAAGACCUUGAUGGGAACCUUUUGUUUAAACUUUAAUUUGUCUAUUGGCCAGAAGAACAGAGGAUCAAGUUCUGACUGAUAGGCAAUGUUUCUUUGAAACCAGACCCAAAGGUACAGGAAGUCCCACUUCAGUAACAUUAGGUUGGGUGCAUGUGGUGGUGCUAGGGGUGCAGCUGGCCUGGGGGGGGGGGGGGGACACUGCAAAAGCAAAGUAGAAAGCUGGUGAAGGCAUGACAUACAGGCCCUGCCUGGUGGGUCACAGGAAGGUAGUUGACAGAACAUGGGAUGCACACACCAGUGUCCUAUUCCCCAGAAAGCCCACAGUGAAGGAUUUUAUUAUCUGAAAUAGCUUCACAGUCCCUAAAGCCAUUCCCCUGAGGCAAGGAGAGGCUAGGCCCUGUCCCCUGGUCUGCUUCACACAGCCUGCUAAGGCCAAAAUGUAGAGCAGUUGCCAGCUGCCUCUCCUGAGGACUGGGAGCUCUCUCUCCAGGAGCUCCUGGUGGCAGGUGUGUGUCUUAAGGCUGUUGUGUGGAUGGCUUGUCCUUAGUUAGACUAGCUCCCUUGAGCCUGGUGACUGAAGGACAAGUGGGAGCCUGCUGAGUGAGCUCCAUCUUUCCCUGGGCAGAAAUGCUUCAAACCCGGGGUAGAGAUUCACCCUUCCCAACCUCCUCAGGCUUCCGUUGACUGUCCCUGUCCCACUAAGGCCUCAGUCCAAGCCCCCAGCAAAAGCAGCCAGAAAAGAUGGUGGUAGCUUUUCUGCCCAGUGUGUUCAUUUGCUUUCUGAUGUUCUUUUCAUCAAGCAAAGCAGGUUUUGUCUAGAAGGUCUCCGUCAGCCUUCAGCAGUCAUGAGACCCAGACAGACUCAUUCAUCGACCCCAUUCACUGGCCCCAAGACCUGUGGUCCCGGCUGUCCUGGAAGAAGGUUCACUUGGGGGUCCGCUCUGGCUCCCAGGUGCUCGGGCCCUCAAGCGGCAGGUGGCCUGCCUCACCUCACAGGGGUCCUUGGCAACAGUGCAGGCAAAAGCACAAGCUGCGCCUUUCUUGGCCUGCCUGAGUGUCAUCCCCUAGAGAAGCUGAGGGUGGGCUUCGCCUGGCAGCCUGAAGGGCUAGAGCCUCUGCCAAAGCCAACUGGGAACAGGCCCCGUAGCUCGUGACAUCCCGCUCACUCCAGAAGCCACCAAGCCGACAGAGCUGCUCUCAGCCGGGUACCUGACCUGAGUCCAGCGUAGCAGCCUAGACCGUUUACAAGACUGCCCGCUCUUGCCUUACUCACGGGUGGUGAAGGGCAAAGCUGGCCAGCACUGCGGCCGCCCUCACGUAGCUCCCUGGAACUUGUUCUGCCCACACAUGCAAAUGUGUAUUCUCAGAAAGCCUUACUUUAAAUUUUUUUUUCUUUGUAGCAGGAAAGUUUUCUAAAUUUGUAUGCACAAAGAAAAGUUAAAUAAAAGAGAGGAUCACAUUAAACAGGAAGUGCCCCUCCCCCCAAUUUCUAGACAGGUCUCCUAUGCAGUCCAAUGGCUAUAUUUUUUUAUGGGUUCAUUCAAUGUUCACAGCAGUUAGAACUCAUGCCUGGAUCCUGCACCCCAUUUCCACUGAUGUGGUUAAAAUUACUUGAAUGAUGGCCACUUAAAAUGUAAGCUAGGUGCCAGGGCUCAGGGACCCUCUGCCCAUCCAGCCCAUGCUGCUGCCCCUUGCCACGCCCAUGCUGCUGGUCCCACCCCUCCCCCUGGUGCCAGGCUCCUGAAGGAGGAAGAGAAAGUUACUUUAAAAUUGCAGACUGAUGGAGCUUCUUUAGGCUAGAUAGGAUAGCCUGACGUAGCAUAGUCUCAGUGUCAGUGUCAGGGGGUGCCCAAGGGUCAGGGACAGAUGGGCCCGCAGGCCAGGCUAGGGCCACGUGUGCUGUCCCAGCCAAGCAGCAGCAUUGGUACUGUUUGAGGCAGUGUGGUUGUGGUGAAUGGUGCGGUGGGCCAGGCCCCCACCAGGGCAGCAACCGUAAGCAGCCCUUGCUGGGUCUUCUCAUUAGCACCACACAUCACUGCCUGCCUGCCUCCCCCACAGACCAUGACUGUCUUGCACUACAGCCUCGCUAGUCUCAGGAAUUUGCUUGUUACUUUUACUGUGUAAAUAAAGCUUCCUGGUUCAACACCCA